GGCAGCGUCCUCCUCAUCGCUCUCGGGGUUGGCUUCUCCUCCCCUUCCGGUUCGGGUUCUGGUUCGGUUCGGGUCCGAGAGUAGCUAGCCUAGUCUAGGGUUUCCGUAGAGAGGAAGGUAGAGGGAGAUCCAUCCAUGGCGGAGACGGAGUACCGCUGCUUCGUGGGCGGCCUCGCCUGGGCCACCGACGACAACAACCUCCAGCAGGCCUUCAGCCAGUACGGCGAGAUCCUCGACGCCAAGAUCAUCAACGACCGCGAGACGGGGAGGUCCCGCGGGUUCGGCUUCGUCACGUUCGGCAGCGAGGAGUCGAUGCGCCAGGCCAUCGAGGAGAUGAACGGCAAGGAGCUCGACGGGCGCAACAUCACCGUCAACGAGGCCCAGUCCCGCCGCUCGGGCGGAGGGGGCGGCGGCGGCGGCGGCUACGGCGGCCAGCGCGGCGGUGGCGGAGGCUACGGCGGCGGCGGCGGCUACGGAGGCGGCGGCGGCGGCUACGGCGGCCAGGGCGGUGGCGGCUACGGCGGCCAGCGCGGUGGCGGCGGCGGCUACGGCGGCGGCGGCGGCUACGGCGGUGGUGGCGGCUACGGCGGCCAGCGCGGCGGUGGCGGCGGCGACUCCGGCGGCCAGUGGAGGAACUGAGCCUCGAAUCUCCCAGUUAUCGAUCUAUCUACCGUGUCGUCGUCGUCGUCUUCGUCAGCAAGUUAUCUUCGGUGUCGUCGUCGUCGUCUUCGUCAGCAAGUUAUCUUCGGUGUCGUCGUGUUCCUGU